AGUGACGUAAGGCGGCCGCCGGAGCUGUCGUUCUGCGUUGCGCGACUAGGCCUGAGAGUGGAGUGGGCUCUGCGCCCGUGAAUAUAACGCUAUGUCGAUCGAAAUCGAGUCCUCGGAUGUGAUCCGUCUUAUCAUGCAGUACCUGAAGGAGAACAGUUUACAUCGGGCUUUAGCCACCUUACAGGAAGAGACUACUGUGUCCCUGAAUACCGUGGACAGCAUUGAGAGUUUUGUGGCUGACAUUAAUAGUGGCCACUGGGAUACUGUUUUACAGGCUAUACAGUCUCUGAAACUGCCAGACAAAACCCUCAUUGACCUCUAUGAACAGGUGGUUCUAGAAUUGAUAGAGCUCCGUGAAUUGGGGGCUGCCAGGUCACUUCUGAGACAGACUGACCCUAUGAUCAUGUUAAAACAAACGCAGCCAGAACGGUAUAUUCAUCUGGAGAACCUCUUGGCCAGGUCUUAUUUUGAUCCUCGUGAGGCAUACCCAGAUGGAAGUAGCAAAGAGAAGAGAAGAGCAGCAAUUGCCCAGGCCUUAGCUGGUGAAGUCAGUGUGGUACCUCCAUCUCGUCUCAUGGCAUUGCUGGGACAGGCACUGAAGUGGCAGCAGCACCAGGGGUUGCUUCCUCCUGGCAUGACCAUAGAUUUGUUCCGAGGCAAAGCAGCUGUCAAAGAUGUAGAAGAAGAAAAGUUUCCUACACAGCUGAGCAGGCAUAUUAAGUUUGGUCAGAAAUCACAUGUGGAGUGUGCUCGAUUUUCUCCAGAUGGUCAGUAUCUGGUCACUGGGUCUGUUGAUGGAUUCAUUGAAGUAUGGAACUUUACAACUGGAAAAAUCAGGAAGGAUCUGAAGUACCAGGCCCAGGAUAACUUCAUGAUGAUGGAUGAUGCUGUUCUCUGCAUGUGUUUCAGCAGAGAUACAGAAAUGUUAGCAACUGGGGCCCAAGAUGGAAAAAUCAAGGUCUGGAAGAUUCAAAGUGGACAGUGUUUAAGGAGAUUUGAAAGGGCACACAGUAAAGGUGUUACCUGUCUAAGCUUUUCUAAGGAUAGCAGUCAGAUCCUUAGUGCCUCUUUUGACCAGACAAUUAGAAUUCAUGGUUUAAAAUCUGGGAAAACUCUGAAGGAAUUUCGUGGCCAUUCUUCCUUUGUUAACGAAGCAACAUUUACACAAGAUGGACAUUAUAUUAUUAGUGCAUCCUCUGAUGGCACUGUAAAGAUCUGGAAUAUGAAGACCACCGAAUGCUCAAAUACCUUUAAGUCCCUGGGCAGCACUGCAGGGACCGACAUCACUGUCAACAGUGUGAUCCUGCUUCCUAAAAACCCAGAGCACUUUGUGGUGUGCAACAGAUCAAACACAGUGGUCAUCAUGAACAUGCAGGGGCAGAUUGUCAGAAGCUUCAGCUCUGGUAAGAGAGAAGGUGGUGACUUUGUUUGCUGCGCCCUUUCCCCCCGUGGCGAAUGGAUCUACUGUGUAGGGGAGGACUUUGUGCUCUACUGUUUUAGCACCGUCACUGGCAAACUGGAGAGAACAUUGACAGUUCAUGAGAAGGAUGUGAUUGGUAUCGCACACCAUCCUCAUCAGAACCUGAUUGCUACUUACAGUGAAGAUGGACUCCUAAAGCUCUGGAAACCCUAAUUUGACCUUUUUCUUUUUAAACUAGCUUGAGAGCAUGUACUUAAAUGAAGACAUAUUCAUGUGGUUUUUUUUUUUUUUUGGCCAGCUUUUCUGAGUAAAUUAGACACAGAAAUAAGCUUGUGAAAAUUCAUGUUUAAGUAGUACCUUUUUAUAUGUUUUUAAGGUAUUCGUUUGUUUCUAAUUGGAACAGUCAAUGUUUUCAGUAAUUUUUUACUUGGAGAGUGCAACACUGAUAUUUCUAGGAAAAAUUAAUCUUUUGAUUAUUUGAAAAGCUGAUUAAAAUGUGCCUCCUUAUAGUAAAAUUUGUAAAUGAACUAUCCCCAUAUUCAGUAGCUAUUUGUUGUUCCAUCUUUUUUUUUUUUUUUUUUUUUUUUAGAUAAUAAACUUUACAACUUUCUGGAGGCUGUUUUUAAAUGGAAGUAAGUGCUUAUCUAGUUAACAUAUUUAUUUAGAAUCUAAGGUGGGUGGGACUCCACAUUAUCCCUGAAUCUUAAUUAUAGCAGGAAGUCAGUUCCUGAAUAGAGACCGAAAAGGUUGCAUGUUGCAUAGGAGCUCAUUUCACUGCUCCCAUCUGUCUACUCCUCCUUCCUAGUUGUGCCUUCUCUCAUGUUCUGGCCAACUCCAGAGAAUGUCAUGUUCAUCUUCUGGAUAGAACUAGUUGCAGGAUCCAUGAGAAUUCAGUUUUGACAUCUCCCUUUUGUAUGUGAAGAGGGGUUUGGCAUUGAAAAUGUGCUAUUGUCCAAAGAAAAAUUAGCAGAGGACCUGAGACUUGAAGUCUUUUUUGCUAUGUGCAUCAUUACCCCUUAGCUAAAGGAAAAAACUUAAGCCAAUAACACUUGAAAAUAUUUUGCACGUGUCUCUUAUGUUUCAACUAAAGGAUGUUGAACGAUGGAGUGCCUAUGUAGAUAUGUGAAGGUGCUGUGCUAGGAACUAUUUCAAGAAAGUGGGACCUUUGUUUGUGUAGUUAUUUUAUCCCUUUAAUUUUAGCAUUGUAGGCACAGAGCCAGGAGUGGUUUCCAGGCUCUCGCUCUCACAUGGAAAGGUGCUCACUUGGGUAGUAAAUGGCUAUCAGCUGUGGCUAGUUGGCCGUCAGCUAGUGAGCCAUUGGCCACUAAUAUAACUUGUGGUUAUGCGGGGCUCGCAACAAAUGGGGGGCUAGCAAGAGGAUGGUGGCUGGCAAGUGUGGAUUGCAGUUAGCAAGGGGUUGGUUGUUGGUUGGCAGAGAAGUGGCUGGCAGAUU